AUGCCUGCCGUCAAGCGAUCUGUCAUGAUUGCUUCCAUCUCGACCCGUGAACUGGUUACCAAGGACUUUGCAAUGGAAGGAGACGAAGAGAAAAUGCCAGCCUCGGCUCAUCAGAUGGCCCAGAACCUUGCCGGCAUCCUCGCUUUGGUUACCUGCAAGGAGCCUCUGCGCAUCAGCAUGAUCGCCAACGCCCGCAUUUUGCUCCUCGCCAACGGCUUCACCGAGCAGAAUUUGCCUGAACAGGCAAUCAUGGUCAUCAUGCAGGAGAACCUCGACCUGGAACGUCUCAACGUGACGAUGCCAUCUCUGUGGAAACCAUCGACGUCGUCUUUGCACCGCCUACACAUUCCAUCUGGCUUUUCGCAGCACGGCCACCGCCCGAUUGCCUUGGAAGUCAUCACUGACGGCCAGCCUGGCGAGUUCGCUACAGCAACUUGA